GCCCCCCGCGCCGGUCCUCCAGCCCCGCGGGUCCUCCAGCGCCAACGAGGAGGUUCCUCCGGGACAAGAGCACCGGCCAGGGGGGACCAGAGGGCGCGGGGUUGUCACGGAGACAGCGGCGGGAUGAAGGUUCUGAUCGGCGGAGGCUCCGGCUUCGUUGGCUCCGCCCUUAGCCGCCUCCUGAGGAGCAAAGGUCACGAGGUGGAGUUCGUCUCCCGGAGACCGGGGGCCGGGGUCACCUGGACACACGUGGCCUCCCGUGGCCUGCCCCCCUGUGAUGCCGUGGUGAAUGUGGCUGGAGCCAAUGUCCUCAACCCACUGCGGAGGUGGAGCCGCUCCUUCCAGCAGGAGGUGGUGUCGAGCCGAGUGGAGACGACGAGGACCCUGAGCAAGGCCAUCGCUCUCUGCCCCCACCCCCCCCGCAGCUGGGUGCUGCUAACCGGCGUGGGCUACUACCGGCCCAGCCUGCGGGAGGAGUACCACGAGGGGAGUGUUGGCGGUGACUUUGACUUCUUCUCGCGGUUGGUGGGUGACUGGGAGUCAGCGGCCCGACUGCCCGAGGGAAUAGGUCGGCUCGUGAGGCAGGUGGUGGUCCGUGCAGGAGUGGUCCUGGGGAGAGAUGGGGGAGUGCUGCCUCCGAUGCUGCUGCCGUUUUGGAUGGGAUUUUGUGGGGGCUCCGGACUCCAGCCCUUCCCCUGGAUCCACGUGGAAGACCUGGCUGGGAUCUUGCUGCAUGCACUGGAGGGGGUGCGGAGGGAGGGGGAGUGAGAGGAGGGGGGAGAGUGCAAGGGGAAGGGGGGGAAAUUGGGAGGAGUGGAAGGGGUGCUGAACGGCGUUGCCCCAUCUCGCUGCACCCAGGGGGAGUUUGCGGAGGCACUGGCGGGGAGCCUGGGGCGUGGAGCCCGGCUGCGGGUGCCGGCUGCAUUGGUGCAGGCUGCACUGUGGCCAGAGCGGGCAUUGCUGCUGCUGCAGGGCCAGUGGGUGGAACCUCGCCGUACACUAGACAGUGGCUACCGGUACCGAUUUCCCCGGCCACAGGCGGCCAUCGACAACCUCCUCCACUGACCCCCAGGGUCACGGGUCAGGGGUCAACCUCUGGCUGGCCAUCCACCUACCCCACUGACCCCCAGCCCGGGGUCAGACCCAGCCUCCACCACCUGCUGGAGUGACCUCUGGCAUGGGGUCAGGCGGUCACAGUGUGGGGUCGGGGUCAGAGGGUGGGAGUCAAUGGUCAAAAGGUCACACCAGAACUUUCCCGAGCUCAGGCCUGUCCUGCGCUGACCUCAGGGUCAGGGGUUAUGAGAGGGGGGGUCAGACGGCAGGUGGUCAGAGUGAAUGGCUUUCCCGAGAUCACGACCGCUUUGGUAUCCUGACCUGGGCCAGGGUCAGAGGUGAAGGGGUCGGGGUCAGGGUUAAAGGGCUGGGCUUCCCCGACUUGCCUUGGACGAGGGUUGAGGUCAGGGGUCAGACUGAAUGUGGAAGGUCAGGGGUUAGCAGGUGUUGCAGUGAGUUUGGGGAGGUGGGGUCAGUGUGGGGAGGGGCAGUUGUAACCGGUUCCACUGCGGAAUAAAGGCCAUUCACCCAUCAGCCGUCUCCUGUCUCCUUCACACUCACUCCGCCAAGCCGACCUUACUCUUCA